AUGUUUUCCAGUUUGGUAAAGCGUCGUUUCUCGCACGUCAAUCCAACAGCUGAUGUGGUGACAACUAUCAGGCAGUAUAAAGCUUACCUGGCAGAGCAUGCCUAUUCUUCUGCGCCCGGGAUGUUCUGGGGGAUCCCCAAACCUGGCGAUUCAUUUGAUAUACUUUUUCCAGAGCCUCUAAAGUUAUCGAGAGUUGUGGUGCUCACAGGGGCGGCAAUCAACAAAAAGAUAAGAGACAAGCUCUUAUAUGGGAGUCUUGAGAUCUCGCAGAAAUUUCUGAAGAUGGAAAACCCAAAGAAGGCCUCGUGUAAGAGCUUUUCUCCCGUCCAGGAAUUUAAGAACGGAGAGCUUGACAUGAAGCAUCUAAGACAGCUUUACCCGCAAGGGAUCCAGUGUCUGAGAAUAAGCGUCGGAGCCAAGCAGAAGUCGUGGGUGGCCAUCACCGAGGUGGCAGUCUUCACGGAGGAGGACUCGGCCGCAGAGUCCGCCGCAGCGCGUGUGGGGGAGGAGGGGGCCAGGGGGGGGAAGAAGAGCGCCUGAGUGCGUCGCUCAAGAGGGAAAAGCAGGAGCGUGUUUUAGGAAGGUAUAUGGCGAUGAAGUAUAAUUAGAGAAUGUACGAAUGAUCAUCAAUUUGUAUAUGCAUUCGUAAUACGGAUAUCAACAGCAAAAAAAUAACAGGUAGACGGGUAAUGUAACACUGAUUCUGUAAAUUAUGCAAUUUAUUUAUUAUAGUGCAGCAGUAUAUUACAGAACAUCGAUUAGUACUGCAUUAUUCUAAUAUAUUUGCAUCUAAACUGCUUAAUUUCCAUGUUUAUGUUUCUUAACUUUGUUAUUUUUUCUGUAAUGACACUAGGUCAAUAGAGCACAUCUACAGACUUUAGGAUGCAUUACAUAUUAGUGAAAGGUGAAAAGACACACGUAUGUAAACAUAAGAUAGACUAAGAAUACUGACACGUGUUAAUAUAAUUAUGAACAG